UCCUCCCAUUUCCUUCCCCGGUCCUCCGAGCCGCCAGAGGACGCCGGUAGGGCCGGGGACACCCAACCCUGCUCCUGCUCCCGGCUCCGGGUACGGGGCCCGAUGGAGCGGUCGGGCGGCGGCCGUGUGGUGCUGUGCCUGCUGUGCGGGCUGCCGGCCGCCGGCAAGUCCACGCUGAGCCGGGCCCUGCGCCGCCUCUUGCCGCCCCGCCAGGGCUGGGACUGCGCCGUGCUGGCCUACGACGAGCUGAUCCCGCAGGAGGCCCCCGGCCCGGCGGAGCCCGGCUGGAAGCGGCGGCGGCGGGAGGUGCUGAGGCACCUGGAGCGCCUCCUGAGGGCCCCGCCGGCCUGCGCCGAGCGGGGGCUGCUGGAGCCGGGGGCCGCCGCCGGGCCGCUCUGCAUCGUCCUGGAUGACAACUUCUACUACCGGAGCAUGCGAUACGAGGUGUACCAGCUGGCUCGCAAGUAUUCCCUGAGCUUCUGCCAGUUAUUUCUGGAGUGCCCGCUUGAACAGUGCUUGCAGAGGAAUCGCCUGAGGAGCCACCCAGUCCCCGACGAGACGAUACGGCUGAUGGCGACAAGAAUAGAACUGCCGGACCCCAAGAAAUAUGCCUGGGAGCAGAACAGCCUGGUUCUGAAAAGUUCUGAAUGCCCCUCAGAGGAAGAGUCUGAUGCGGCAUUGAUGAAGGGUUUUUAUGCACAGAUAAUUAAUUUGCUGGCCACUGCUUUGGAAAAUCCAGUGAAGCAAAAUGAGGAAAAUACUGAGCAGAAGGAAGCAGAUCGAGUGGCCUGUGCAGCUAGUACUGUCCAUCAAGCUGAUCAGACAUGCCGACGAGUCAUCUCUCAAACAAUGAAGGAGGCAAAAGAUAAAAACAUGCUUCCAAGUGAGAUGAAGAGCCUGGCAGAAGAACUCAACAAACUCAAAGCAGCAUUUUUGGAAGAUUUGCGGCAAGAAACUCAUCUGAAUAAUCAAACUGGCCAACAAAAUCACUCUUUUGACCCUGCUACAAGUGUAUUUUCUUCAUUCCAAUGUGAGGCAACCAGUGUAGUUAAUAAAUAUAUUUUAAAAUAAUGACAGAGUAUAUUUUAAAAUAAUGACAGUGUUGGGAUUGCUUUUAAGAAUAAAAAGCAUUAAAAACAUAAUACUACUUUAGUAGUACUGCUGAAAAUAUCUGAGAGCUCAAGCCUCCAGAGAAGGAAGCCGUCUAUGACUCCCGCCCCCAUGUUAUAGAACAGAAACAAGCUAGCACACUGUGUUUGACUUCAGAGGGCAAGCCAACAAGAAGCCAUCCUUAGGUUUUAAAUUUGACAGAAUCACAAAAAGUUUAGCCUGGGAGGAACACCAAGAAGUCAUCAAGUCCAGCUUCCCUCAAAGAGGACCAACUUCAAGCUGGAUCAGCUUUCUCAGAACAUCAUCCGGCUGUGGUUUUGAAGAGCAGCUUGGAUGGAAACCUGCUCAGCUCUCAAAACAGGUAGCUGAGCAUUUCCACAGCUCUUUUGCGCCUGGAAAGGUAUAAAAGCAAGAAGUGAGAUGAAGUUCAGCAUUUUAAGCAUUAGGUGGGUUGACAAUGAACUGUAGUUCCAAUGUCAGCUUGUAGACAUCUAAGCUCCAAUGAAGCUUCAGUUUCUUAAGUCCAAUUGUUAGAUCAGGCUCAUGGGCUCUCUACUUGUUUCCCUGACAGCAGCUCUACAAAGAACAAGAGAUUUGAGAUGCAUUAAAUUGAGAUUCUGAGAACUGUCUGCACAUAUGCAUGCACGUGGGAAUAACUUGGAUGUCCAAAGGAACUUAAAAUUUGGUGCUGCCUUCAAAGUCGCAAAGAAUAACAUACAUAUAAAUUCCAUGCACAGUGACAACUACCUUACCAUGAUGAAAAUUGUGCUUUCAGACAUGCAAGCACUGUUGCUAAUAAGGAAAUCAGAAUAUGAGGAAACAAAGUAUUUGGAAGAUGAACAAAUGUGAAAGAUGAACAGGGGAAGAGUAACAAGAGUGCCCUGGUUCAGUUCUAAAAUCAAGUAUCUUCAGUUAAGCAGACAAACAUAAAUGUACUGUUCCUUGCUUACUCAAAAGCUUACUGCCACACCUUAGAUGACCUAAGUCACACACAAGCAGUUCACCAGUUCCAGCUGUUGAGAAGAAUUACUAUAGCAUAAUCACUAACUUAAUUAGAAAGUGUUAUUUUAUUCUUAUCUUACAAAAGCAAAGCUCCACAACAUGAACUGCACUAGAUAUAGUCAAGUUAUUUCAGAAUUAAGCUUGUCUUCUGAAAACAUUCACUACACAAUAAAAUUGUAAAAUACAACUCU